AUGCGUCUGUCUCAACUCGCCGCCACUCUUCUGGCCGUAGUAGGCAACACGAACACCGCCUUCGCCAAGCCCGUUCAGUCUCGAGACACUGUAUCAGCCGAGUACUGCGACGCCUCCACCGACAUCUGCUACUCCGAGUUCAUCAGUCCCGAGAAGAUCGCCUACCGCUUUGCCAUCCCCGACAACGCCACCGCCGGCAACUUUGACAUCCUGUUGCAAAUCGUUGCUCCCAAGACCGUCGGCUGGGCCGGUCUAGCCUGGGGAGGCGUCAUGGUCAACAACCCCCUCCUAGUCUCCUGGCCCUACCAAUCCACCAUUGUCGUCUCCAGCCGCAAAGCCUCGGCGCGCACCUACCCCCAGGUUUCGAACGACGUCAGCUACAAGGUCCUCGCCGGCUCCGGAACCAACGCGACGCACUGGACGCUCAACGCGCUCGCCCAGGGCGCGAGUGCGUGGGGGACUACCAAGUUGGAUCCUAGCAGCAACGCGGUUCCGUUUGCUUAUGCGCAGUCGGCGUCAUCGCCGACGAACCCGGCGGAUGCGGCUAGUAGGUUUAGUAUGCAUCAGAGCAAGGGGAGGUGGAGCCAUGAUUUGGCGAGUGGGCGGAUUGCGAACUUUGCGAGUGCGGUGGAACAGCUUGAAAAGCCGGAGGAGGAGGAGGAGGCGAAGUAG